AUGUUCGAUCUCUACAGUAUAUUUUAUCAGAUCGUCUACAAACAUCGAGAUAUACGCCAGCAGCUGAAGCUGCGUGAUAUUUACAAUCCACUCGACCAGCUUAUGAAGUGCAUAUUCCCGAAAUUUCCUUCAACGAGUCCUCAACUCAUCUCCUAUUCCAAUCUACAACUUCCACUUCGAAGUAAAAGAGCGACUCAGCUUCAAACAUUCACACCAGACUUUUCUCCUUACCUCUCUCUUGCUCGCCUACAUAUUUCGAUUCGCAACCAAGCCCUGCAUACCAUACAAGUUGAAACUGGCAUUUUCGAGCCAAGACGCAAAUUUCAAAUGGCGCCGAGUUAUUCAUUGAGCCUGUCGAAAUAUAAUGGCCCGGACAAUAACAUCGUCUGGUUACCUGGUUCAGUUGGAUUUGUUCUGCGAAUCACUUGUUCAGGAACCACGACAAAUGAAGACCCGUUCAAAGACGUGGGGAUAACCUGCAACACUGAGACCAAGGACGGCGCUGGCUAUGUGACCUCCCUCACCGAAAGAUGGUAUUCCAUUGACUCGAGUUUCGCUUCUACAAACCGGAGGCCAGGCGAACCAAUAUCAGUAGUGAUAGCUUUGUUGAUUGAGAUUAAGGAAGUUGGCACGGUUGGAAUCAGUUUUUGCGUCAAGAAAAGGUUACCAGAUGGCAGAUUUCAGCCCUUGAAUGGUUCGUCAUUGGUGGUGGAUCGCAAGAUCAGGACUGCAAGCUUGGAGCAGGUGAAAAGAGAAACGGAAGCAGAAUUGGGGAACAUGUGA